UCAGGUACCAUCUCAAUAAAGUUAUCGAUAAUCGAUUACCGCUAUCUAUCUUAUCACACCACACCACACCACACCACCACACAAACAAAAUGCAGCUCCAGAGCCUCCUCCUGACCACCCUCCUCUCCACCGCCGCCCUGGCCUCCCCUCAGGGCGGCGUCGUCUCCGACGUCGUCUCCGGCGCUGAGUCGGCCGCCACUGACGCCGUUGGCGCCGCCACCUCGCUGGCCAGCGCCGCCUCGACCGCCGGAGCCGCCGGCGCCUCGGACGUGACCUCGCUGGCUUCCUCGGUCGCCUCGGAGGCCACCAGCGCGGCCAGCGACGCCCGCUCCGCCGCCUCCAGCGCCGUCUCGAGCGCGCUCUCCGGCUCCUCGUCCGUCUGGCCCGCGUCCACCACGACGCUGACCGGCACCAACGGCUCCGCGACGGCCACCUCCACCAUCUCCGACAGCCUGACCCUGGCCAAGUCCACGUUCACCACCACCCACGACGGCACCACCUCCACCGGCACCACCACCUCCACCGGCACCGUCACCAACAUCGCCUCCGCCUCCUCCGCCUCCGCCUCCGCCUCCUCGUCGACCGGUGCCGCCGGCGCCCAGGCCACCCCCGCCGGUGUUCUGGGCUACGGAGUCGCCGGUGUCGCCGGUGUCCUCGGUGUGAUGGCUGCUUUGUAAGAUCCGUCCUUCAGGAUCAAGAGGAGUAGGGAUUGUGAGAUGGACUGAGUGGU